UUACUUUUGCUCCGGCGACCAGUUGGACACUCCCGGCAGCAAAUAUGCAAAGUUUCAUCGGAAUCUCGCAUCUUUUAUUCAUGCUGCAGCUGGUACCUGCGCAGAUUGCACCUACUACAGAGGCUGGUCCCAGAGUAAUUACAUUCUUGGAGCUGUGGGCAAAGAGCACGUGUCAGCCUAUGGAACAGUUAGUGGAUGUGGAGCAGGAGUUCCCAGGAGAAACAGAGUACAUCUACCACCCUUCUUGUGUCCCACUUCAUCGGUGCUCUGGUUGCUGUGGGGAUGAAAGCAAGGAGUGCCGUCCUACCAUUAUACACAAUGUCACUAUAGAGCUUAUGAGGAUAUCUCCAUUACAAAUUACAAAAAAAAACAACAAAGUGCCACUCACAUUUGUUGAGCAUCUGGGAUGUGAAUGCAGAGCUAUUAUACAGGAACCUCCAAAAAAGAAAAGGUCAGUAGAGGUCAUGAUCUUUUAUUCUGAAGACUUGAACAUAUUAGCCUCUUCAUUGGACUUUGCUUUUCCUCCACAAUGGCAACAGAUCUACCAAGAGCAGACCUCAGAAAAAAAACAAAACAGCAAACAGAUGUGGACGGUGCCGGCUUACACGGGACAAGAUAAGCCUUCACUGAGUAACACAUCUGUUCAAUGUUUAAUUUAAAGGUGUGGUGGUGGGGUGACAGACAUGCAAAUGAGUAGCAUCAUAUGACUUAUAACCUCGAUUUUUUUGGAUA